CACCCUACAGGGUGCGCUGUGCCCAAAAGGCUAAUUGAGAAAAGGUAGAAAAUAAAGAAUUCCGACAGACCUAAAUAUAACGUAUUUAUUUUUAUUUUUACAAUGAGCGGGAUACCUGGGACUACCGUCGUCCAGGUCACCAAUCUGUCCUCGGCUGUGAGCAGCGAGCAAAUGCGAACCCUGUUCGGUUUUUUAGGAGACAUCGAGGAGCUGCGCCUCUAUCCGCCCGACAACACAACUCUGAAUUUUUCAUCCAAAGUGUGUUACAUAAAGUAUCGAGAGCCUUCCAGUGUUGGUGUGGCGCAACAUCUGACCAACACUGUUUUUAUUGACAGAGCUUUGAUAGUAGUCCCAUGUGCUGAAGAUGACUAGACUGGCCCAGCUGUUACACUACACUAGCCUGAGUCAGGCAUUGUUUUCCAAGCCACUACCCCCCGAUCGGGCCAACGCAGCCUUCAAGGGGGAAUGUGACCCGGAGAAUAGCCAGCUGAACCUUCCAAGAUGGACACCUUGUCUCUUUUUUUUUAUUUUUAUUUUUUUUAUUUUCCGUUUGUUUCCUUUCACACUAUUCCAUUUUGUCCACUCUCUACUGUCUCUAUUUAGAAACUACAGUUUUUGCUGAUCUGUAGCGCUGUGUUUAUCUUUGUUAUUUUUGUUUGUUAUUUUGGUUGUUAUCCAACCCCCUCCCCUCCCCUCUCUCCUUCUGCUGCAGCUUGUGUGUGGUUGAGUUCUGUCCGGGUUGCUACGACACAUCGCUGGGAUGUGUGGCACACAAGGAGGGCUAGGAGGACGGCUAACUGUUGUUCUCCUGCGACUGUUGUUGUAGUGGAGGACUAGUGUUGGAAGCAUCUUUUAAUCUGUACUUCAUAUUUGCACUAAGAACCAGGUUUUCCAAUGCAGAACUGAUCAGCUCAUAAUAACACAUGCUAUAUUGUUUUAUUUAUUUAUUUAAAGACCCUCUCCAAUCGUCUUUUGAUCUGUUUAAAGUGUUCCCAGUGGUCUUUUAGGGUAUAAUUAUGCCAUUUCUUUUAGCCAAUAUCAAUAAGCGUGUGGUUUUCUAGGACAUAGUUUCUGCAGGGCAGCAUUAGUUCAUUAGGAAUUCACCUCUGAGCGGAGAGCCUCCCCUCCCCGUUACUGAGAGCUCUCUGUUUACAUGCGCUCCCGCUAGUUUACAGCCCCUCACACCCACAGCCUAUCAUUACUGAUGCAACAAAAAUAUCGAGCAAAAUUGGAGUCGGGCUCAAAACUAUACUGCUGCUACGUUCACACCGAGCUCCAAGUCUAUGUAAACUCGCAUAUAUGGGUGUUUCAGGCGUCUGCGUUCAAAAUUUUGGUGUUCACGCGUCGCCCUGCGUGUUUUUACACCCAUUUUCAGGAUCUACGCACAAAAGCAGUUGAACUUUGACCAAUCGGGGACUCCGAUUUGGCGCACAGGUGGCGUCCUUUUCAAGUCACAGAAGUGCCGGCUGUUUGAAAAAUAGUUUGCUCCUGAUUCACGAUUUGAAUGAACACUUAAAUUUUUUAUUUUUAACGUGAAUUAUGUUUAUUCAUCAUCAGAAAAAUGCCACAUUUUCUUAAUCGGAGGGGGUCUUUAAUGCCGAUGUUUUGUUUUGAAAGAUGGUUCCCACAGCUCUCUAUAGAGGGAAACUUGUUAGAAAGUUGAAAGUUAAGCUAAAUCUCUGCAGUUCUGCUCUUUUUGUCUUCCUCUCCUGCAAGGAGGCAGAUUGACAUGAGAAAAACACAUUUCCUUUCAGAAUAUAAUUGAUUUCUUACACAGCUAAGUCAUGGCUAACAUUUCCCACAGUUCUUAAAAUUGUUGUUUUUUUGUUUUCUGUAUCUGAUGUCCUGUGUGCUAUUAGUGAUGCAGCCAUUGGGGUUGUUGUGUUGCACACCUUUCCAACACUGCGAAACGAUCGCCCCGCGGAAAAGAAAGCGCCCAUGCUUGAUAUCGUAUGGUUCAUGACCCAAUAUGUUUCCAGUACAGGAAAAAUCCCAGAAGAGGCCAAGGCUCUGUCUCUCUUGGCACCCGUCCCCCCCGUGCCCAGUCUGAUUCCUGGCGGAGGUUUGCUGCCAAUUCCGACUCCAAGUCCCCUUCAAAAUCUAAACCUCCCUUUAGUGAAUCGCAUUUCCGCUGGCCUCAGCCCCACGUCUUCGGUGAUCGCCCAGCCGCCUCUCAUGGGAAACGUCGAUCCCUCCAAAAUCGAUGAGAUCAGGAGGACAGUUUAUGUUGGCAACUUGAACUCACAGACGACCACCGCAGACCAGCUGCUGGAGUUCUUCAAGCAGGUGGGAGAUGUGAAGUUUGUGCGGAUGGCCGGAGACGAGACCCAACCGACGCGCUUCGCCUUCGUGGAGUUCGUGGAGCAGGACUCCGUCGCCAGAGCCCUGACCUUCAACGGAGUCAUGUUUGGAGACAGACCUCUCAAGGUCAAUCAUUCCAACAACGCCAUCGUGAAGCCUCCAGAGCUGACGCCACAGGCUGCCGCCAAGGAACUGGAGAGUGUGAUGAAGAGGGUGAGGGAAGCUCAGGUCACCAUCGCCGCUGCCAUAGAGCCAGAGGCAAAGACGCACUCGUCCGGUCGCUGUCCGAGGAUGCGGCGCUCCCGUUCGCGCUCACACUCGCACUCGAGAUCACACAGGAAGAGGUCUCGUUCGAAACACCGCAGAUCUUCACAGAGGUCGUGGCAAGGCGGGGACACUCACAGUUCCAGAAGCGGCCACAGGCGGCGCUCUCGCUCUAAAGACAAAAGGCACGCCCGGAGUCGCUCCAGAGGCCACAAAAGGAGGAGUAAGGAGCGGUCCAGGAGCCCCAGAAGGAAACCCAGAUCCCCCUCACCCAAACGCGGUAAGAGGGAGAAGAGGAGGGAGCGCAGCCGGGACAGGAAGGAGCGCUCCACGUCCAGGAAGAGGAGCCGCAGAGACGGCGACAGGAUGAAGAACAGACCCAAAACGGCCAAGGUGGAGGAAAACUACAGCCGAGCCAAGAAGGCGUAUGUGAGCGACAGAGAGGACUCCCCCUCACACAGCGAGGACAUGACUCCGCCCCCCUGCGUCCAGCACAACGGCAGCUACAAGACUCGGAGCGAAGACGGCAGCAAGUGACCCCUCCCCCCUCCAGAGAAGCGGGAAGGCGUCGUGUGCGUAAAUGAACGGAACAACCACUUCCAGCAGCUCCUCUGUCUCCACAUCACCCACCAACACCCUCAUUUUUAUCCAAACACUCGGAAGGAAUCCGACGAAAGCGGAAUGAUCAUGCUGUAAAACUCUGGAGCGUUGAAGCUGCUGCAGGUUCGUCUGCUGGGUUCAACUCUGACCGAGGAGAUCUGUUACAAACACCACAGAGAUCAGUCAUAAAGCUCGGGCCCUCGGACUCCGUCGUGCGCUCGGACAUGUCUUCAUUCAAGUCGUCUGUCGGUGGAGGGAAGCUUGAUCGGAUCCGGAGCUCGGAGCGAACAUGCGGCCAAACACGACAAAGUAAAAGCUUCACUCCAAGUUUAAAAUGAACUAUCAGUAAAUAAAAGCGUCACCCUCCCAUCCAAAGUUAUGCUGACUUUGUCAGUAGUUUUAAGUUUUUUAACCUUGAUACUUUUCAGAUUAGAAACAAAUGCUUUUAUUUUGGUGUUUUUGCAUUUCCUGUUGGAUUUAUCAUGAACGAAAAGUUACAAAUUGAGCAAAUUGGAGCUCAUUUCUUAAUGAAAAAUGUCUCCUAUGAACCUUUUAGAAGAUGUUCCCUCCAUCCAAUCCUCUGUUUGAGCUCAGAAAGCUUGUCUCUUUUGGAUCUUCCGCUCCAGGAUCAAUCAGUUGUUCCUCCGUCAUUUUGGAGAAAAGCAGAUUUCUGUUGAUGUCGGGAAGUUUCGGGAAGCGUCUCUCCUUUCCCGAUUGACUUUACUUUACUGCAUUUCCUUUGCUUUGGGACUGGAUCUGAUCGCGUUGCUGCGGUGUGUGUUUGUGCGUCAUCGUGCACACGCUCAUGUGAAGACCGCAGCAGAGAUCUGAGGGAAGCCGGACAGAGGUGAAAGGUCAAAAGUGCCUCGACUACGAUUGUACAGAAGAGUGGAAUAAAAUAUUGAGACUUAUGUUGGAUGUUAAACAGAAAAAAACGUAUGAAAGGUUAUAUUAAAGUAUUGUAAGUUGUCGGUAAUGGCAGAAUAGAUUUUAAAUGUUUUUCUUUUUAUUUUUUGUGUCCAGUGGAUUCGAAUCAAUAUUUCUUUUUUCUUUAAUUUAUAUUUGAAAAUACAUUUUCCCUAAUUUCUUUUCUUUUUUGGAGGGGGGCUAAUACUUGGACAUUUUGGGAGGAAAAAUGCUCUUAGGACGACUGAUAGUCUGUGAAGAAUUUAACUUUUAAUAUCAACAAAAUCUGAAAAACCGUGUUUGAAGAUGCUCUGAAGUGGGACCGGUUUGACCCGCUUGUUAGAUGUAUGUGCAAACUAUAAACCUGUUUCCACAAAACCAAUAAAGACCAUUUUCUCUA